AUGGAUUACUUUCCCUCUGCUAACUUUAUCGACGGAUCUUCUUCUUCUUAUUAUUCCGUUACAACCAGCAGCAAAGAGAAGAAGAUCAAGGCCGGCAAAAAGGGCAAAGGCACCGUAAAGCUAUCGACGGAUCCGCAAAGCGUGGCCGCUAGAGAACGGAGGCACCGUAUAAGCGACCGGUUCAAGAUCUUGCAGAGCAUGGUUCCUGGUGGGACGAAGAUGGACACCGUCUCGAUGCUCGAUGAAGCCAUCCAUUAUGUGAAGUUUCUCAAGGCUCAGAUAUGGCUUCACCAAGCCAUGAUCAACGACUGCUCGUCCGUCUUCGUUCCCGCAUCCUUUCCGGUCGAUGGAAAUAUUUACCCGUCGUUGAAUCAUAGCGUAAGCCUUCCUGCAGCGGCGAUACAACCACCGCAUCUGCUGCCUUUGCCGGAUUCCUGCUUCCAAGUUCACCAACAACAAACCAUGCCUUAUGAUGUAUUCAUGAAACAUGAAUAAGCUGAUCAUCUCCUAGUGAUUUUUGCAUAGUUGGUUGUUCUAAGGCAAUAUUUCUCU